UUUAAUUUUUAUAUUUUUUCAAUAUUUUAAGGCUUUGAAGAAUCAAAUGAAGGCUCUGGACUUUUCACAAGAUAAGGAAACAUCAUCUGCUUUAUCAUCAUCAUCUACAUCAACAGUAUCUGGUUCAUCAAUGACAAAACAAGCUUUUCAUAUUUCUUUAACAAAUAAAAAGAUGGUAAAUAUGUCAGAUACAGGGGAGAAAAGAUGUCGGCAAAGAUCUCUAUCAUCUUCUUCAUUGAUUAUUAAAAAUGAAUCUAAAGAAUCGAAUUAUAAAAAAGAAGAAACAUCUAAAUCUAAAAUAUUAAAUUUACCAUCCAGUAUUAAUGUUAUUACUGGGACAUUUGCGCCGAUUUUACCGUCUAUUUUGAGUGAAUCUGGUCCUUCAAAUGUGCAUUUUUUGCAAUCUUCUUCAGAAAUUAAUACAGGAAAAGAUCAAUCUUUUAAAUCUACAAAGAAAGAAGAAAGUCAUAAUACAGGAUCGAAUUAUACAAGUCCUAAGUCAAAUUUUUCAUAUGCACAACUUUAUUCACUUGGGAAUACUAUUUCAUCUUCUGUAUCUAAUAUUUUCCAUCCUUUACAAAAGUCAUUUUCAUCAUUUGAUAUUAAACAUAUUACAUCAAAGGAAAACAUAGAUAAUCAUUUUGUCAAUGAUGCAUGGUCAUUAGUUCGUACGAAAAUAUUGUCUCUUUUUAAAAAGGAGGGGUUAACAGUUCCUGUAGAAUAUUUAAAUAAGCUUGUUAAGCUUCAUAUUGAAAAACGUUGUAAUGAAAAAAGGCUAGAUCUAUUUGUAAAUGAAUUACAUGAAUUUAUAGAGGAGGGAAUAAAAGUUUUUGAUGUAAAUUUAUCAUCUUUUUCAGAUGAGAAGUUGAUUCCUAGGCUUAUUGAACUAUGGUCUUUUUUUUUUACUGCGAUUAUACCACAUGUUGAAGCUGUUUUUUUACCAUUACAGACAGAAUUUGAUGAUUUAGAAUGGUCAGCUUAUACUAAUGUAAAGGAUUCUUUGGAAAAUAAAACUGAUUUGGACGUAAAAUAUAUAAUGUUAAUCAAAUUUAGAGAUAAUAUUGUUCUUCCGAUUUAUCAAAGAUUAGAACUUAUUUUUACAAAGAAUCCAUCAAAUUUAGAUUUAAUCCAGGAUUUUGCAGAUAUAGCACCGAAACUACUUCAAAGUAUUCUUAUUCUUGCUUCUGUUCAUUCUUCAGAUGAACAACAAAAAAAAAUGGAUAAUCUUGUCAAAAUUCUGUCUCAUUGGUUUAAAUCCGAAAAAAUUAAUAGAAAUUGUCAAGGUUUUGUUUUUAUAAAAGAAGAUUCUGAAUCUAUAACAAACAUCUUAUAAAUAUCUCAUUUUCAUCAUAUUAUUUAAAUAAUAUAUAUGUCAAA